CUUUUUUUUAAGCCAAAGCUGAAUGUGUAGACCGUCACAUGUUGUUUCCUCUCUUCAGUCUCAACAUCAGUCGACAUGUGUUAUUUAUUGCUUGGCUGCAGGAGAAGAAAAGCGCAAGUAUAGUUCUGGAAAUAGAGGAUAAAGAAUAAAGCGCGGAGUUUGUUUUUUCCUCUUUAUUUUUCCUUUUUCUCCCCAAGCUGCUCCUGGAAAUUAAAGCGCUGCACUCUGGUUUGGUCUAAAAAGGGACGCAAGAAUGGCGAGUCCGCCGGCCGCGGGCGGUCAGUCGCUUAUGACCAACGCUUGUAAUAUAAACAGCAAUAAUAACAGCGCGAAGAAAUGUGGAUAUCUGAAGAAACAGAAACACGGGCACAAGCGCUUUUUCGUUUUAAAGGAGCCGUGCGAUGGGUUUUCUGCGCGCUUGGAGUACUACGAGAGCGAAAAGAAAUGGAGAAACAAGUCCGCCGCCAAGAGAGUUGUUCCUUUGGACUGCUGCCUCAACGUCAGCAAGAGAGCGGACGCCAAACACAGGUAUCUCAUUGCUCUUUACACCAAGGAUGAGUAUUUUGCCGUGGCGGCUGAAAGCGAGCAGGAACAGGAGAGCUGGUACCGCGCACUGACGGACCUGACGGCUGAGGCCAAAGUAUGUGACGGCUCGGCGUCCAACUCUGCGUCCUCGCUGGUUGGCUUCGACGAGGCGAGUUACGGUGUAAUAACGCCGGUUGCCGCCGCCUACAAGGAGGUAUGGCAAGUCAACGUAAAAUCCAGAGGACUGGGUCAGAGCAGGAAUCUAACCGGCGUCUACAGGCUCUGCCUCUCCAGCCGGAUGAUCAGCUUCGUUAAACUCAACUCGGAGGUCGCCUCCGUCGUACUACAGCUGAUGAACAUCCGAAGGUGCGGCCAUUCCGACAGCUUUUUCUUCAUCGAGGUGGGUCGGUCUGCAGUCAUCGGUCCCGGUGAGCUGUGGAUGCAAGCUGACGAUUCGGUGGUGGCUCAAAAUAUUCACGAAACUAUCCUGGAGGCCAUGAAAGCGAUGAAGGAGCUGUCGGAGUUCCGCCCGCGCAGUAAAAGCCAGUCAUCCAGCACCAACCCCAUAUCUGUACCAACAAGGAGACACCUGAAUAAUCUCCCCCCGAGUCAGACCGGGCUCUCCCGCAGGUCCCGCACUGACAGCACAUCUACCACCUCUCCAGUGAGUAGUAAAUGCUUAUCUUGCCGGAUACGCACCGCCAGUGAGGGCGAUGGCACCAUGACACGCCCAAUGUCUGUCACUGAGAGCCCCCUCAGCCCAGGGGUCCACAGGACCCUUCUAAGCCGGUCUCACACCAUAACAGCACGGCCGUCUUUAACCUUUGAAUCAUCUACCCUCCAGCACAGUAAGUCUAUGUCAAUGCCUCUGUCCCAUUCUCCACCUGCGGCGACCCCAUGUGCUGGAAAUGUGUCCUCAUGUGUGGACAGCAGUGUCCCCCGCCCUUCCAGCUGCAGUGCAUCUUUCUCAGGCUCCCCCAGUGAUGCAGGCUUUAUUUCGUGUGAGGAAUAUGGCUCCAGCCCUGCCGAUGCACGGGACCUCAGGUUACCACUAACCCUACGUAGCAACACUCCUGAGUCUCUCAAAGCCGAUACCCCACCCUCUAGGGACGGCAGUGAACUUGAUGGUUACAUGGUGAUGGAGAGGCAAAAUCAGAAUGGUUACCGGCGAAUGUCAGAGCUGGAUAAAGUCUAUCGAAAGCGGACAUACUCCCUUACUACCCCCCGCCAGCAGAGGCGGCCCCCUCAGGUGUCUUCAGCUUCUCUGGAUGAGUACACUCUGAUGAGAGCCACGUACACCAGUGGAAGCCAGUCUUCUCUGAGGUGCCACACAGCCUCACCUAAAGGAAGCGGGUUAGAAGACAACAGGGACGUUCACAGCAGCUCUAACAGUCUCCAUGGUGACAGUGGCUACAUGCCCAUGAUGCCUGGAGCUGGACCCCAGACUCCAGGGUCCAAGGACAGCCCCUACAUGCCCAUGAGCCCCAUGUGUGUUUCUGCUCCCAAACAGAUCAUAAACCCCCGUUCACACUCCUGCACCGCAGGGCUGGCCCCACGCAAGGACUCCCCUGUCAGUGUUUCUCUGGAGGACAGUGGUUACAUGCCAAUGUGGUGUGGGCAGAAGAUGUCAGUGGAAAGCAGUGAUGGAAAGCCAAACACUGGAGAGUACCUGUACAUGUCUCCUGUUGAUGCUCCGGUUUCUCUCACACCUCCUGACUACCAUCUCAGUCCCUCAGGGGACCCACAGCUCCACCACAGACCACCUUUUUGUUACAACUCUCUACAAAGAUUAGUUAAAGGACAGUUACAGCGAAAUGGGUCAUCUGACACUGAUCAGUAUGUUGUGAUGAGUUUACAGAGACAGCGGAUAGAAGAAGAGUCCACCAGUGGUCCCGUCUCCCCUGGAGAAUCGCCAGGCACUCCGUCCUCUCUCCCCUCUCCUCUCAGACUGACUCGGCUAGAAGGAGGAGUGUUGCAUCGCAGUAAGGUGUGUCGCCCCACCCGCCUGGCUCUGGAAUCCCUUAAAACACUACCAUGUAUGAGCGAGCAUCCUCUUCCCUCAGAACCUCGCAGCCCUGGAGAAUACAUCAACAUAGAAUUUGGUGGAGCUGCCCAUGUCCCGCUGAUGGAGAACUCAGAGCCUGGAAGUGUAAUGUGCAUAGAUGGUGGAGCCCUGUCAUUGUCAGACUAUGCUAACAUUGAUAUGAGUUCACCGGUUCACCUUGAAUCACACCAAGGAGAGGAUUCCCACUCAGCAGGGUGUCUGAACCACACACCUGAAGUUUUGAUUUGUCCCAGUGUGGGAAGCAGCCGGCAGGGCACACAGGGAGAUCAGAGCAAAGAGGAUGAGAGGAGAACAGAGGCGGAGACAAAGGAGAUGGGACAGAAAGGAAGUCCUGUGUUAGAGCCGCCUGCUCUUACCAAAGGUGACUACACAGAGAUGACCUUUGCUCCCCCUCCUCCUUUAUCUGUUCCCCGUAUGACCGAUGCCACCCCCCUUCCCACCAGCCCCACUGCAUGUAUGAAGAGACUCAGCCUUGAAAGUAGCUUAGAGGAUGUCGUGCCCCCAGUGCCAGUAGAUUCUUUCCUGCUUGGGGGUCCUUCGUUAUCUCACACAGUUGUAGAUCCAAACCGGGGGGCCAAAGUUAUCCGGGCAGACCCUCAGGGGCGUCGCCGACAUAGCUCCGAGACCUUCUCCUCCACUACUACUGUGACGCCAGUGUGCCCAUCUUUUGCCCACGACGCCAAGCGGCACAGCUCCGCCUCUGUGGAAAACGUGUCCCGCUCUGUGCAAAGCUCCGAGGGGCCUGGCGAAGACCACAACAGUCCCAUGUGCAGGGAAACGUCAGCGGGGUAUCAGAAUGGACUGAACUACAUUGCCUUAAACCUGAUGGAGGGAAACCUUGGAGGGGGCAGAUUAGGGGGGUGCGACGAAAUCCUGAGGUUCAAGACGGCUUGCGGCUGCAAAGGGGGCCUAAAUGGUUUCAGCGCCAGCCCUUAUGCCAGCCUGGGAUUCAAGGAGACUACUACUGCUGCUGUGAAAGAGUGAAGACUCAUUGGUCUUCCCAGCGUUCCUCAUCCUUUCCCUUCCUUUGCUGUGAAAGUUAAUUCUGCUGCAUCCUGAUGACAAGGUCACCACUGCAACAGCUGGACAGCUGACGUCCCUUCAACUUUAUGCUGCGGCCAUAACCUUGGACAAAUGGACAUUGGACCCUUUACCUAAAUCCCUCUCCUUUUUUUUCUCAGCACCCAAACAUCCAGGUGCCAUUGCUGCUGUAGUGCUAGAAAAAGAACUCUAACAGAAUAUAAAACUCUUAACACUUGAUGGAUAACUUUAUCUCUGCGUUUAGGCCUUCAAACUGUUCUGCACAUUAUUAGAUCAUCAUCUGUUUAACUUAUGUCCAUUUCCGGACUUAGAAACUUGUUUUGUUUUGGCUUUAGCCAAGUAGUAGUCAGAUUUUUCUUACCAUAAAACCUGUGAACCAAACCCGGAGAGCAUGAGCUAACAACUACAUGCAAGAAAAAAAUCAACAAAAGAAAACAACCUUUCAUGAGUACUGAUGAACACAUAUUUAUUUAUUUAUCAAUAGUGUAUGUUUGCAUUAAAUGAAAAGGGUGAGAAUCUGUAUACAGGGUUGUUCAGCAAAAAGAGACGGCGUUUGUGAGCAUAUUUAAAAGUCAAAGGUUAUGUUUGCUUACACAAGAAAUACCUCAGCACCAAGUCAACAAGUAGAUAUAUAUAUAUAUGAAAUAUUUAUUUUCAGAGGUGAAUGUGAAAAUAAAAAGAAAAAAAUUAUAUAUAUAUAUAAAAAAAAACAACAACAAUCCAAAGCCUUACUCUAACCAUCAGCCUCAUUCUGAUGGACUCUUUUUGGUUGGACCUUUACAUACAGUAUCAAAGAUUUACCCGAUCAUUUUAAGUGACUGAAUGUUUAUCAGAGCCAGCCUCUCUGAGAUUAACUUCCUUAUCUUGCCACUUGUAUGACAAAAAAUAUGUAUUCAAAAUCCAUAGUAAUAUAUUUAUUAUUAUGUAUGACAUGGUGUUUUCACACAGAAAAACCUUAGCAGCACCUACUAAGGUGCAGGCAGCAGAGCAUCAUGGGUGUGAUUGUUAAAGCACAAGUCUCAGUUCAUCUUUGACUUCCUGCACAAGGCCUGCAGGACGCUAUGACCCAUCUGGUCUAAGCAUGGGCCGGUAUGAGAUUCUAAUGUUUUAAUGUUAACUUUGAAGAAAAACGCAACAGUUUUAAGGUACUAAGAUACAUGGAUUGAAAUCCUAAACAAAAAUUAAAACACUAUUGCUUUUAUUUAAAACAGAUGUAUAUAAUGACUAUUCUUAUCCCUUAUUUCUAUUUAUUAUUUUGAAACAGACCUGAGCAAAAAUUUACAAUGAAAAUUUGAUCAAGGGCUUAUUGAACAGAAUAUACAGUAGAUAUCAGUAAGUGGGCUAAUUAUGUAGGCUGUCUGCUUAGUUAGCUCGCUUGCUUUAGCUGGUAAAGUAUUUUUUAUUUCCAACGAGAGUAAUGAACACUCCUGUGGUUUCCACAGAAAUGACUGCCCUUGUUUUUGCCAACCAGAAAUAUUUCCAAACAGUUGAAUGUGUUUUUAUUUGUAAGCAAGGCUAAAGUAUGGUACGCUUUCCAGCCAGGGAACAUUAUGGCGGAAUUUUUUUUAGCAGUUUUAAAAGCUGAACUUUUGUAAACCUAAUACUGGUAACUGGUCCUUGCCCAGUCAGAACAAGUGUCAGGAGAUUGAAUGUUUGCAAGCGAUUUAUACAGCCUAGGAUAGUAUUUUUUCCCCCUCACCUGAUGCCUCAUUGCAGAGCUUCGCCACCAAAGCAAUGUGGCACAUAUACACCUAUGACGGCUGGGCUUGUCCCUUUGAUUAGCCGUCUUCUGCACGGUUCUGCAUUUAUAAACUUUCCAGAUUGUAACACAAGACAUGCUGAAUGUAGUACGUGCCGUGUUCUGAGCCGAGGAACACAGGCUCCAACAACGCAACAUCCAGAUGUACUAAACGGGAACCACCACACUUACACUCGCUGAAUGAAAAAGAUAAACCAAGGGAAGCGUCUUCUUAUUUAUCUGAACUCACAGGUACUUUACCUUCGCCUAUAUACUGUAAAUAGUGGGGUGUUACAGAGAACUGCAUCUGAGAAAAUGCUGAUAAAAUUUCAGAGGUGUUAAGUUAAACAAUAUGUUUGUACUGUACAUAGUUUGUGUUUGAGUGAACUCUUCUGAUACAACAAAAGCACUAAGUUAUAUGCUAACCAACAAGGUUUGGCUUUUGAUUUUUUUAUUUUGUAACUGUCAUUGGAUAGUCUUGCAAAAUGGAUGCCACUAUAAGGACAUUUUCUAAUGCUGUAAUUCAGAAAAAAAAAGAAAAAAUAAUUGAAAAAAAUAUUAAUACUUGACACAAUUACUUCUUGAUACUACAACACAACUGGCAUCUAUGCAAUAUUUACACCUUUUUGAAAAUUAGUUUACUGAGAUGAACCAAAUGUAGAAACAAUGUUACUGUUUUUAAAGGUUAAAAUCAAAAAUGUUUGCUGUUUGUACAAUUUUUUUGUCCUCCAAAUUUGAAAUGAAAGGCUUUUUUGGCUUUUUCCCCCUCUUUCUUUUUGCUAAUGAAAUAUUUUGGGUGUUUUUGAGCAGUGUUUUGCAUUUUGGAAAAUGUUUUUAUUCAGCAUCAUAAAAGGUUACGACAUGGGCUAUGGCAUCCCUCGCUGUGUCUUCAUUGUAAAUAUUUCAUAUCAUGCACAUUGUGAUGCUAAUAAGAAAUGAUAAUUUAAACUUAGCUUAUUGCUUUAGAUUGUAAUGAUUCUUUAUAGAUACAUGCAAUAAAUGAUAUUUAAGAAAA